AUGCAGCGGCCAGAGGUGCAAGCGGCCAUGCGGUCCAAGUUGAAAUAUGAAAGCGCAGCAGAGGCCGCCCAGCGGACCAAGUUGGACAAACUAGAGCGCAAGCAGCGGAGGUAUGAAAUUAUGAAUGAGUUGAUGAAGUGUGCAACCAAUGUCAAGCACCUCAUUUCCCCAAUGUUCCGGUACAAGAUAACCCAGCAGUACCUGUGGAAGGUCCUGUGCGAAGCACGCAAGGAAGGCCUUCUCUUUUGCGACAAGCUGCGGCAACCCCAGGUGUACCACCGGCUUCAGGCCAUCAAGGCUGAGAUCACAGCUGGUCCCUAUGGCGUAGCUGGCUGGCAGGCAGAAGAAGAGGUGGAGGAAGACCUCAUGGAUAAGAUGGUUGUGGAAGCUGACUGCAUUCCGGGCGGCAUUGAUGGGGAGGCACCAGACAGGAAGCAGGUUUUGGACAAGCGAGAGAUCCAGGGUGUCCUGGACUUUGGCCAGCGUAUCAAGACUGAAGGCAACGAGGCCUUCUUGAACGAGAACUGGGAAGGUGCGCUGACAAGGUAUUGCCAGGGUGACGAGAUGCUGAAGAAUUUCGCCGCCGAGCCGCACCUUGACAAAGAGAACAAGGAGCUGAAGACGAUGCACCGCCAGUGCUUGAACAACAAGGCCAACGCGGCCCUGAUGGUGGAUCAGUGGCAGACAGCUUUGCGAGCGGCAGACUCUGCAUUGAAGCUGAAGAUGGAUGACGAGAAGGCUCUUUUCCGCAAGGCGCAGGCACUUGAAGGCCUUGGCCGAACAGACGAGGCUCUGGAAGUGCUUGAUGAAGUGGAACAGAUUGCAGAGGAUAUGGACGAGGAGUUUAAGGAGCAGAUUCUUGACGAUGUCCGUGAGCGCAAGGAGGAGAUCAAGGCAAUCGAGCGAAAGGCAGCAAAGGACUUCAACAGCAUGUUCAAAGCCAUGGGCGACAAGCAGGUCUUCGGCAGUGGGCGCUUCCUGGCAGACGGCACCUCUCCGCCACCAGCGCUUACAGGUGCAGAGGAAAGGAAGCUCAAACGCCUCAAGGAGCAAGAAGAGUACAGGACUGCCAAAGCCAGGCAUGAGCUGGAACAGAGGCGGAAGGAAGGCAAGCCCAUCAUCGAUCAGCCAAAAGAGCCUGAGAUGCCAACGCCCAACAAGCCACCGUUUGGCUAUCGAUCAGCGGAACGGACCAGGAGAGCAGGAAACAAGGUAGAGGGUUGA